AUUUUAACUAAAGUCUGUAUAAUCUUUUUACGUAAUGCAAUACCGCACGAAAAUCAUAAACACAAGUACAUCACUGAAAAAGUUCAAAUUACACAAUGAGCUGACAAAAAGGAACACAAUUAAAAAGUGACAUUUGUGUUCAGUUCAAUUUUGUUGUGAAUUAAAUGUGAUUUUUUUAAAAUGUCUCUUCGAAAAGCACUAUUUCUGACUAAAGCUAUUUGUUGUAAAACUACAAAACUUCAGACUACAAAUUUUGCUAGGCCAAAGUACUGGUUAUUUACGGCGAAUUCAGCAAGAUUUUAUUCAGCCGAAAAUAUAGGUGACAAAAAUAAAGAUGGCAAGGCAGCAGAGAAGGUAGACAUAUUAGGGCGCUUCUUUCCACAAAGCCCUAUCAAAGACAUUGACGCACAGGAAAUUAAGAAGGAGCAGGAACAGUUCGAGAAAGAGAACAAAGAGAAGACGGAGGAAAAUGAGAAAAGUUGGAGAAGGAUGAAGAUUGGGUUCGCAGUCUUCGGUGUCUCCCUAACAGUGAUGGGCGGCUGCCUGGUGGUGGAGAUGGGUGCCCCGAGGCGCGGCGACGACGGCCAGCCGCUGCAGGACGAGUUCUCCAACCUGCCGACUGUGCUGCAGUACCUUAAACGCACGUGGAAGGAGCUCACGUUCUACGAGAAGAUGAUAAAGGAGCCGUCCCGCGAGAAGCUGCUGCCGGACGUGCUGCCGGCGCCCUACCAGCCAGCCUAUACGCUCGUGCUCGAGUUCACUGAUGUGCUGGUGCACCCCGACUGGUCCUACCAGACUGGAUGGCGCUUCAAAAAGCGUCCCGGCGUAGACCAGUUCCUGCAAACAGUAGCUGCCUCCAACUAUGAGGUGGUGAUAUUUACUUCCGAGAACGCGUUCAUGAUCUGGCCCGUCAUCGACAAGCUGGACCCCGAGAACAAGCUCAUCUCCUACCGCCUGUUCCGCGAUUCUACGCACUUUAUUGACGGAGUGCAUGUCAAGAACUUGGAGGGACUCAACCGGGAUCUGUCUAAGGUUAUUGUAGUCGAUUGGAAUAAAGGAGCGACCAAGUUCCACCCGGAGAACUCUUUAAUACUGAAGAAGUGGAAAGGCGCCGACGAUGACACGUCGCUACUAGAUCUCGCGAACUUAUUACAAACGAUCGCGAUGUCAGAAGUGGCAGACGUUCGCGAGGUGUUGCUCUACUACAGCCAGUUCGACGACCCCAUCGCGGCCUUCCGCGACAACCAGCGCAAGCUGCUUGAGCAGCUCGAGGAGCGCGAGCGCGGCAACAAGGCUGAACCGCCGCUUACCUCCAGCUGGCUGAGGACUUUCACCAGGCGCUAGAAGGACUAGGCCAGGACCCACAGCAAUACUUAACUCAUCGAACUGUCGGGUAGAGGUGUACCUUUAUAAAGCGCUAGCAGGACCCUCAGCAAUA